AUGGACGCUCUUAACGCCGCGGGCCGAAGGGUCUCUCUCCUCAACGACGAUGGCCCUCGCCAACCCUCGUCAUACUCCAUGACCCAUGCCUAUGCUACCACUCCCUCGGGCGCCUCGUCGCCCACCAGCCCCCAGCUCUGGCGCUCUAGCUCCUACGACUCGCAAAUGAGCGGCAGCGACGCCGUCUCCCCGCUGACGCCGGCCCUCGACUAUGCCUACACGUCGUCGCAACCGUCCAGCCGCGGCUCCAACACAAAGCGCCCGCUGCACUACGCCAGCAGCCGUUCGACCUCCAACGAAGACGAGAUGCCGCUGGCUGCCGGAGCCGGCCAGGACCGCCCCGUCAAGCGCUACCCGUGUCGCUUCCGCGACUCCCACGGCUGCGAAAAGACCUUUACCACCUCGGGUCACGCCUCGCGCCACUCCAAGAUUCACACUGCCGAAAAGGCUGUUCAGUGCACCUUUGCCGGCUGCCAGAAGAAGUUCACCCGCGCCGACAACAUGAAGCAGCAUCUCGAGACGCACUACAAGGACAAGUCCCGCAGCUCCGGCAGCCAUCGCUCUGCCACCGCCGGCCACCACAAGUCCGCUGCUGAGCAUCGUCGCCCUGCCGUCGCCACUGCGCGCAGCCGCUCCUCCUCGUCGCUCAGCGGGCCUGAGCUGGAAGUGCGCCAGUAUGCCCUGCCUGCGCCGCCCGCGCUGCACUCGCCUUCGGUCUUGACCAGCGGCGGCCGCUCUGCCUGGGAGAUGACUGGCACAACGCUGCCCAUGCACAGCCGCCCGUCUGCCAUUCAUCACCCCAAGAGCGGCCUCGACGCGCUGGCCAUGGCUGUCGCCUGCCAGGAGAGUUCCUGA